UCUCUCUCCUUUUCUCUCUCUCUCUCUCUCUUUCUCUCUCUCUCCCUCCUUUAAAAUUUGAAUUGAUGGGUCCUUUUUUCUCCUUUUGAACCUCCUUAUAAAAAUAUCUUUUUUCUGUAGAUUUGUAUCUAUUCACCAUUAUAACCUAGAUCUAUUCUCAGAUUUUGAAACCCUAAAUGAAGAUUUCAGAUCUAUUCUCCUUUUAUGUGGAUUCUUCUGUUUCGUUCUUAGGAAAAUGUAGGGUUUGUAACGACAUUCAGAUCGAGGGUUUUCAAUUUUGUGGCGAUUAAAUUGACCAAGUUCCGUUUUUAAUUUACUAGGAAAUGUUGUCAUGGAUGAUGAUGUGCUGAAUAUGCCCAAUUGGGGUUACUAUGAACCCUUCAAGGGUGGGAAUCUCGGUCUGAAUCUGAUGCCUGAUAUUAAUGAUCGGGAAACCAAACCGUUUUUUCCUGGUCGUGAUCCAGCUAUGUUAGUCGGUGCGAAUGGAAGUUUUCACCCUCGUGACAGUGCUGUUGUUGAGCCUCCUGCUCAGUUGAACUAUGUCAGGGAUAAUUGGAUGAAUCCGAGACAUAGGUUUUAUAAUAUGCAGCUUUCGAAUCCAAGUUAUGCUGCUGUUCUUCCUGAAACAUCGCAGGGACUCUCCUUGCCGUUUAUCCAACCACUGGUGGAUGCAUCAAGAAACGAGAAUGGGGAUGGGAUUGAAGAAUUAGCUGUUAAGAAGGAAGGUGGCAAGUCGAAGAAAAGGAAGUCGAAGGGUGCUCUUGCCGUUCCAAAAGCUAAAAAAGCCAAGAAGGCAAAGGAGAACGGCAAUAAUUCAGCUCAGGGUGUGAAGCCACCAAAGAAGACUGUGGCGCUUGAAAUAAAUGGAAUUGAAAUGGACAUUUCUGGUCUACCUGUUCCUGUUUGUUCAUGCACCGGGAGUCCUCAGCAGAGUUAUCGGUGGGGCUGUGGAGGUUGGCAAUCAGCUUGCUGUACCACAAAUGUGUCAAUCUAUCCUUUGCCGAUGAGCGUCAAAAGGCGUGGCGCAAGGAUAGCUGGGCGGAAAAUGAGCCAAGGAGCUUUCAAAAAGGUUCUAGAAAAGCUUGCAGCUGAAGGUUAUAAUUUUGCUAACCCUAUUGAUCUGAAGACUCAUUGGGCGAGACAUGGCACCAACAAGUUUGUCACUAUCAGAUAGAUGCUGCUGCUGCUGGGUUUGAAAGUCAGUCUGUUUUGCCUGUGGAUGCACCUGUGUGAUUUUUCAUACAGAUGUUGAAUUCUGGUCAUGGUCAUCCAUAAAUUUUCUGUUGUGGUGCGUCUAUCUAAGUUUUGGAUACUCAGUUUUUUUUCCAUCUUCAGGUUAUUUGACAAUGAUGACAGUCCAUGUUUUAUGGAGUUAAACAUUUAUGUAGAUGAUUUAUCAUUAGAUAGACUAUUAUCGGAUAAUACUCAUUCACAUUUAAUUUAAAAUCAUCGAAAUUUUGAAUUGA